UGCGGAAAUGGCGGCUGUGGCCAACUGGGUGGCGGAAAAGCCGCUAAGGAGGAUGACAGACUUUCACUGCCUUCAGCUUGUGGUUUCACCUAGCGCUCUGAGCUGAAGAAGUUUUCACAUCUUACUCUGCUCCACACCCAGGGCGUUGCACCCUCUCGGUCGGUUGCUGAGGCUGGAGCCCGCUUGAGGGGCACAGCGGGGAUGGAGAGUCCGAGUCUGGGGGACUGCGGAGCUGCCCCCUUGGGCAGCUCCAGUGAGCGCCUUGUCCCAGACCGGCCUUGUGACCUCCGCAAGGAAGAUGUUGUUCUGGGAUCAGAAACCGUGGGCCAAGAUGAGAAACAAAUGGUGAUAAAAAGCAGCAGUGAGCGUAAUCCCCUGCUGCAAGAACCCAUUGCUUCUGCUCAGUUCGGUGGUACUCCAGUGCCAGAAUGCCAUAAGUCUGUCCCAUGCGGAUGGGAAAGAGUUGUGAAGCAAAGGUUAUCUGGGAAAACAGCAGGAAGAUAUGAUGUAUAUUUUAUCAGCCCACAAGGACUGAAGUUCAGAUCCAAAAGUUCACUUGCUAAUUAUCUUCACAAAAAUGGAGAGACUUCUCUUAAGCCAGAAGAUUUUGAUUUUACUGUACUUUCUAAACGGGGCAUCAAGUCAAGAUAUAAAGACUGCGGGAUGGCAGUUCUGACAUCUGGACCACAAAAUGAAAGUAACAGUUCAAACUGGAAUCUCAGGACACGAAGCAGGUGGAAAAAAGAUGUGUUUCCUCUGCCAAGUGGUAGUUUGAAAUUACAAGAUAGCAGAGGACUAUCUAACUUUACUUCCAUUCAUUUGCCUUUGAAAGAAGAUGAGGGUGUUAAUGAUGCUGGCUCUGGGAAGGUUAGAAAGUCCAAAGGAAAGGUGACUAUUUUGAAAGGAAGUCAAACUAAGAAGACUAAAACAGGGUGUCAGAAGAGUCUUUCAGCUUCUAUUCAAAGUAAUAGAAAAAGAGAAUCUGUGUGUAAUAAGGCAGAUGCUGAAAGUGAACCUGUUGCACAAGAAAGUCAGCUUGAUAGAACUUUCUGCAUUUCUGAUACCAGAGCAAAUAACAAGACCCACAGUGUGACCAAUGAAGAAAAAAGACACGUAAAAGAAAAAUCAUUGAGUUCAGGAUCAAAUUUUCGUUUUGAUCAAAUAACUUCUGGCAUCAUAAACAAAUUAUGUUCAGCCAAAGAAGCAGAACCCAACAGGAAGCGUGAGGAUAACUUUUUAGAGUCUGAGGAAAUAAGAACAAAAGUAGAAGCUGGGGAAAGGGAGCAACAUUUGCAUACUGACAUUUUAAAAUGUGGCUCUGAAACAAACAACUGCUUACAAACCAAGAAAGACUCUACUUCUCUGAAAACAUUUCAAGAAGACACCAUCCCACAGACACAAAUAGAAAAAAGGAAAACAAGCUUGUAUUUUUCCAGCAAAUAUAACAAAGCAGCUCUUAGCCCCCCACGACGCAAAGCCUUUAAGAAGUGGACACCUCCUCGGUCACCUUUUAAUCUCGUCCAAGAAACACUUUUUCACGAUCCAUGGAAGCUCCUCAUCGCAACUAUAUUUCUCAAUCGGACCUCAGGCAAAAUGGCAAUUCCUGUGCUUUGGGAGUUUCUGGAGAAGUAUCCUUCAGCUGAGGUAGCAAGAACCGCAGACUGGAAAGAUGUGUCAGAACUUCUUAAACCUCUUGGUCUCUACGAUCUUCGAGCAAAAACCAUUAUCAGGUUCUCAGAUGAAUAUCUGACAAAGCAGUGGAGGUAUCCGAUUGAGCUUCAUGGGAUUGGCAAAUAUGGCAAUGACUCUUACCGAAUUUUUUGCGUCAAUGAGUGGAAGCAGGUACACCCUGAAGACCAUAAGUUAAAUAAAUAUCAUGCCUGGCUUUGGGAAAAUCAUGAAAAAUUAAACCUGUUUUAAAACUCUUUCAAGUUUUCAAACUCAUUUUUUAUGCAUUGCUUUGCACUUUGAUUCUGAAGAGCUCCAUUAAGCAUAACCAACUACCUUUCCAGGCAUAUGGAAUUUAAUCAGCCCAACUAGAAACCUAAUGUAUGUUUUCCUAAUGUGUGUGCCACUGGUAGAUCUUUGCUACUGAAUGUACUAGAAACAUGUUUUGAAAUUUUUUUAAUAAAUUAUUAUUUGACAAUGAU